CAAGCUGUUCUGAGACUCCUCUCUCUGAAAGUCAGGAGUUUCAAAGUGAAGGAAAGUUGGAGGGAAUUCUUGAAAAUCGAAGGCUGGAAUUUGUCGUGACAUUAGUUUGCAGGAUAAGCUGGAGAUUCAGAACAUAGGCUAGCAAGGGACUGGUGAUUCAGUAUUAGAGUCUGCUGCAAAUUAGAUGUUUGAGGAGUAAGAUCUAUCUCACCGGCGGUCAGCAUUGCUGAGGGCUGUGAGCUGUGCCGACUGCCUGUGCUUGUGGAAAACUUUUUAAGCUGAUUAGUGAAGAGGAAGCUGAACUCUGUCGGAGCUGUUCCUGCCCCCCAGCCUUUGAACUCUCGUGCUUUCUCUCCCUCUCUCUCUCUCGCUCUCUCUCUCUCUCAAUUAUUUUUUCUUUCUGCAUCCUCCUGAAUGGCGAGAUUUAAAGACAAUUUCCCAGGAUUUGUCCUGCUCACACUGGUGUUUUGUGGAGUUUGCAUCCAUGCAUGCCCCAGUCGCUGUAUCUGUUCUGGAUCAAAUGUGGAUUGCCAUCAUUUGGGAUUAAAGGCUGUUCCGAGGGGAAUACCCAGGAAUACCGAGAGACUUGAUCUGGACAAGAACAACAUCACACGGAUUUCCAAGACCGACUUUGUUGCGCUGAAGAAUCUUCGAGUUUUACAUCUUGAGGAGAACCAGAUCAAUGUUAUUGAAAGAGGAGCCUUUCAGGAUCUGAAGCAAUUAGAAAGACUGCGACUCAACAGGAAUAAACUUCAGGUCCUUCCUGAGCUGCUCUUCCAGGGUACCCCAAAACUCUCCCGACUUGACUUCAGCGAGAACCGGAUUCAAGCUCUUCCCAGAAAAGCUUUUCGUGGGAUUGUCGACAUCAAAAACCUGCAGCUGGACAACAACCACAUAAGUUGUAUCGAAGAUGGAACCUUCAGAGCCCUGCGUGACCUGGAGAUCCUCACACUCAACAAUAACAACAUCAGUCUCAUCCCAUUAACCAGUUUCAACCACAUGCCAAAGCUGAGGACUUUGCGGCUUCACUCCAACAACCUGAUCUGCAACUGUCACUUGGCCUGGCUCUCUGACUGGUUACGCCAGCGACGUCCCAUCGGACAGUACGCCCAGUGCACAGGCCCCAUUCACCUGAGAGGCCUCUACAUUGCUGAUGUUCCAAAGAAGGAAUUUGUCUGUAGCGGUCCUCAGUCCUCCGAGUCUCAGUCCUGUAGUGCCCAUGCUACAUCAUGCCCGCCAGCGUGUGUGUGCAGCAACAAUAUUGUGGAUUGUCGAGGGAAAGGGCUGACCGAAAUCCCAGUCAACCUUCCAGAAAACAUCGUGGAAAUACGCUUGGAACAAAAUUUGAUCAAGACUGUGGGAGCUGGAGCCUUCAGCCAAUACAAAAAACUCAAACGCUUAGACCUGAGUAAGAACCAGAUCUCAGAGAUUGCAGCUGAUGCGUUUCAAGGGCUGCGAUCACUCACCUCCCUUGUCCUCUAUGGAAACAAGAUCACUGAACUCCCCAAGGGUCUCUUCGAUGGGCUGAUAUCGAUUCAGCUGCUACUCCUAAAUGCCAACAAGAUUAACUGUUUGCGUGUGAACACCUUCCAAGACUUGCAUAACCUCAAUCUACUUUCACUGUAUGACAACAAGCUCCAGACCAUUGCUAAAGGACUGUUUACACCGCUACGCUCCAUUCAAACACUCCACUUGGCCCAGAAUCCUUUUGUGUGUGAUUGCCAUCUGAGAUGGCUGGCCGACUAUCUCCACAACAACCCGAUUGAAACCAGUGGUGCCCGCUGCACGAACCCACGCCGCUUGGCCAACAAACGCAUCAAUCAGAUCAAGGCAAAGAAGUUUCGUUGCUCAGGAUCAGAGGACUACCGGACCAAGCUAAGUGGUGACUGCUUCAUGGAUCUGGUUUGCCCCGAGAAAUGUCGCUGUGAGGGCACAGUCGUGGACUGCUCCAACCAGAAGCUCACCAGAAUACCCAGCCAUGUUCCGGAAUACACCACUGAACUGAGGUUAAAUGACAAUGAACUGACCAUCCUGGAGGCAACAGGCAUCUUCAAGAAGCUACCGAACCUACGUAAAAUAAACUUGAGCAACAACAAGAUCCGAGAUAUCCGGGAGGGAGUAUUCAAUGGGGCUUCAGGAGUCUUGGAAUUAUUGCUGACUGGAAAUGAGUUGGAAAUGGUCCAUAGCCGAAUGUUUGCUGGUCUCUCUGGGCUCAAGACACUGAUGCUGCGGAACAACCUGAUCAGCUGUGUCAACAAUGACACUUUUACUGGACUUAGUUCAGUUCGGCUACUGUCGCUCUAUGAUAACCAGGUCACCACUAUCACCCCUGGAGCAUUCAAUACCCUCCAUUCUCUCUCUACUAUAAACCUUCUGGCCAAUCCUUUCAACUGUAACUGUCACCUGGCCUGGUUGGGAAGAUGGCUGAGGAAGAGAAGGGUUGUCAGUGGAAACCCCCGCUGUCAGAAGCCAUUCUUCCUGAAGGAGAUCCCAAUUCAGGAUGUGGCUGUUCAGGAUUUCACCUGUGACGUGGAUAACAAUGAGAGUAGCUGCCUGCCAGGCCCUCACUGUCCUGAACUCUGCAACUGUGUUGACACUGUGGUACGGUGCAGCAACAGAGGCUUCCGUACCUUACCUAAAGGCAUUCCCAAAGAUGCAACUGAGCUAUACUUGGAAGGGAACCAGCUGACAACAAUCCCCAAAGAACUGUCCAACUACAAGCAUUUAUCACUCAUAGAUUUGAGCAACAACAGUAUUAGUAUGCUCAGCAAUUCCAGCUUCAGCAACAUGUCCCAGCUCUCAACACUAAUUCUGAGCUACAACCGGUUGAGAUGCAUUCCAGUUCAUGCAUUCGAUGGUCUGAAGUCUCUGAGAUUGUUGACUUUACAUGGUAAUGACAUCUCCACCAUCCCUAAUGGAGCAUUCAAUGGUCUAACAUCACUUUCUCACCUUGCCCUUGGGGCCAAUCCUCUGUACUGCGACUGUAACCUGCGCUGGCUGUCUGAAUGGGUGAAGUCAGGCUACAAGGAGCCAGGUAUUGCUCGCUGCACAGGACCAGAAGAUAUGAAUGAGAAACUUCUCCUAACAACCCCCACAAACAAGUUCCACUGCAAAGAUCCACCGAAUGUUGCUAUCAAAGCCAAGUGCAACCCAUGUCUAUCCAGCCCCUGCAAAAACAAUGGAACCUGCAACAAUGACCCAAUUGAGUUCUACAGGUGUACCUGUCCCUAUGGCUUCAAGGGCCAGGAUUGUGCUGUUCCCAUCAAUGCCUGCAUUAACAGCUUGUGCCAAAACGGAGGGACCUGCCGCCUCAGUGAGGGAGAGAAACGUGGAUUCAGGUGCCUAUGUCCUGCAGGCUUUGAGGGACAGGUCUGUGAGGUAAACCCUGAUGACUGCGAGGAUAAUGACUGUGAAAAUAACUCCACGUGUGUCGAUGGAAUCAAUAACUACGCCUGCCUCUGUCCACCCAACUACACAGGUGAACUAUGUGAAGAGGUUGUGGAUUACUGUAUCCCAAACCUUAACCCCUGCCAGCAUGGCUCCAAAUGUAUCUCAAAGGAUAGGAAAUACAAAUGUGAGUGCUUGACUGGCUAUACUGGUGAAAACUGCCAAACUAACUAUGAUGACUGCAUGGAAAAUAAGUGUCGGCAUGGCGCACAGUGUGUUGAUGCUGUUAAUGGUUACACAUGUGUCUGCCCCACUGGCUUCGGCGGACUGUUCUGUGAGAUCCACCCUCCUAUGGUCCUGCCCCGCACCAGUCCCUGCGACAAUUAUGACUGCCAAAAUGGUGCUCAGUGCAUCGAGGUACACAGCGAACCUGUCUGCCAGUGCUUGGCUGGCUUCGCGGGACAGAGGUGUGAGAAACUCGUCACUGUCAACUUCAUUGGGAAGGACUCUUACGUGGUGCUGUCUGCGUCCCAGGUCCGGCCACAAGCAAAUAUCUCACUUCAGGUUGCGACUGACAAAGACAACGGUUUAUUGCUGUACAAAGGUGACAAUGACCCGCUGGCUCUAGAACUCUAUCAGGGACAUGUUCGGCUGAUAUAUGAUGCAUCAAGCUAUCCCCCUACCACUGUGUACAGUGUGGAGACAAUCAAUGAUGGACAGUUCCAUACUGUUGAGCUGAUGAUGAUGAACCAAUCGCUGAGUCUGGUAGUGGAUAAAGGAAUCCCCAGGAGUCUGGGGAAGCUGCAAAAACAACCAACUCUAAGCCUGAACUCCCCGCUGUAUAUUGGAGGAAUCCCCCCUGUCUCAGGAGUAGCAGGGCUCCGCCAGGGACCUGAACGGAAUCUCAAUGGCUUCCAUGGCUGCAUUCACAACGUGCGAAUCAACAAUGAGCUGCAAGACUUCAGGAGUUUGUCACAAAUGCCCCUCGGCGUCUCUCCAGGAUGUAGGUCCUGCAACAUCUGCAAACAUGGUGUGUGCCACUCCGUCGAUCAGUCCAGCAUUACAUGUGACUGCCAUGCUGGCUGGACAGGGCCUCUGUGUGAUCAGGAAACCCGUGACCUCUGUACCAAUAACAAGUGCGUUCAUGGGACGUGUAUAGUGUCUGAUUCCACAUACCGCUGCGCGUGCAAGGAAGGUUAUGUUGGCAGGCUGUGUGACAAGGGCCAGCAGAUGGACAACUGCCAGAAUCUGAAGUGUGACCACGGCCGCUGUAAGAUCUCUGGGCAGGGGGAGCCGUACUGUGAGUGUGAUACCAACUUUACAGGAGAAACCUGCCAAACAGAGCUCCUUUGUCAAAAGGAAAUGGUCCGGGAUGUCUACCGCAAGCAGCAAGGCUAUGCCUCAUGCCAGACCACAGUUAAAGUCCCCCGACUGGAAUGCAAGGGGAGCUGUAGCAAUGGAGAGUGCUGUGUGCCACUGCGUAGCAAGCGACGGAAAUAUGUCUUCCAGUGUACAGAUGGCUCCUCAUUUGUGGAAGACGUGGAGCGGGUUGUUGACUGCGGCUGUGGGAGUUGCUCCUUGUAGGGACCCGAAGCAGGAAGUGAAGGCUUAACAACAGCACGCACCUGUGACAACUAUUGGACCCUUUAACUCUCAUAGUGGACCAAAAGAAAUGGAAAUAUAUUGUAAGAUAACAAAUAGAACCUAUUUUUAUUAUUAAAAAAGGACUAUUUUCUUCAGUUAUUACUAAAUAUAUCACCUCGCCUGGGUAUGUAUAUCAUACUGUGUUCCCUUUGCAAGAUUUUUUUAACCAUUUUAUUAACCUAACAAAGGAAUUCUGGGAAUGCUUGUUCAAUUGAUUGUUGUGAAGGUGUUUGAUGGGCCUGUUAUAUUGACUGUCAAAGGCAAAUUUCCAACUUAAGAGUUUCUGAGCUUAUGAAGAAGUUGAAACCUGGCAGCAUCAGAACCAUCAAGAGGAACAUCACCAAAAACCAGUUGACUCUUGGGUUUACUGUAGUAUCCAUUACCUGCUCUGCUCUCUGUAUUAAAGUACCAAAUGAACUGAUCCAUUUUUGUGAUAAUAUCAAUACAGUAUAAUCAAUACUCUCCAUAUAUCCAAUAACUUGCUGGCCUAGAUUUUAUAGUAGUAAAGAUGGUGAAACUGUUGGAAUUCACCAACAUUACUCCUCUGAAACUGACAGCAGCUUCUGGCAUCCACACUUACGCAGUUAAAUACAGAAAUCCAGAAGUUAUUGUCAGUGAUUCUAUGCCUCUCCAUAGGGUGUACUGUUGAAGUUCCCUCAGACCGUAUUAGUGAGAUAUCAUUGAACUGUUGAAAACUUUUGUCUUGCUGUAAAAACCCUUAAACUCAGUUUGAGCUUUAACUGCUUUUAAAGUUCACAAUAGCUAAUAAACAACCUCUCUGGCCCUGAAAAACAGAUUUUAUAUUUGUGAAUAUCAAAUUUCUCCAUAAUGAUAAAAUUUCUAUAUAUUUUUAAAAUAUUUUAGGAAGUUUGUUUAUAUUUCAGCUUCCACCUUGCUGCCAUGUGUAUGUCCCAACCUUUAUUUCACUCUCUGUAAAAUAAGAUUAAAAGUGAAGCAUCAUUAGUGCUUUUAACUUCCAGAUUUGCUGUCUGUGAGAAUUCUUCAAUGUGAUUGGCUAUUUGCUCUGCUUGCUUAUAUCGCUGUUGCUGGACACCUGGAAAUCCUCUUGAAUUGGCACCAGAAUUAAGCUAAUCCUGGUAGAGAUGAAAUCCAUGCUGUAGAGGUCGUGAGAUCUUUAUUGGCAGCUUUUUUUAAAGUCAAUGACAAGUACUAUUGCUUCGCUACUAAUCCCAAAAUCCAAGCCAAUGUUAACAAUAAAAGUGUAGAGCAAAUUGUAGACACCUAAUAAUACGCACACAGUGUAGAGCAUACUACAGAUACCCAAUAACAUGCACAGUGUAGACCACACUGCAGAUACCCAAUAACUUUGACAAUAGGCUACAGCUCAUCACAGAUUCCCAUUACCACUAAUAGCAUCAUCAGAGUGUAAAAUACAAUACAGGUACCCAAUUCUAUGCCAGUAACAUGAACACUGUACAGUCUAUUGUAGAUACCCAAUACUAUAUUGAUACAAUGUGGAAUGCACUUCCAGUACCUAAGUACGGUAUAGAGUACAAUGCAGAUAUCAGAUCUAUGAAGGCUUCUGCAGUUCCCAGACAGACUGCUGGGUUCAGUAUCUUACUUGGUCUCACAACGCCAGAGUUUAUGCUAAAAACCUCCAGAGAUUUAAAACAGGACACACCAGAAAAUAAGGAACAUAAACACAAAAUAAGGCUGUGUUAGACCGUAGGCUACAGUUUGCACAUUCAUGUAUUGGGGGACUAUCUCUGUACAAGUUCAAACACCACCUGAGAAAUGUUUUCUACUUUUCCCAAUAACAUUUAAUCAACAGCUUUUCAUUUCUGACAUGCAUGAUUAAAUGUCUAGACCUCAAGACUCCUGUCACAGCUCAGAUGGUCCUCAAGCAGAUGGUAAUGCUCUUUUAUCCAUUAGACAGUGUUACCAGACAUUAGAUCACACUGUUGAGGAAACGCUUAUGAAACUCUUAAUUUUGAUAGCUGUAAUGCGCACACUACAAAAGGAGAUUACACAAUAUUCACACUGAAGUUGAGUUUGAAUUCUUCAACACUACACAAUGAAGCAAUGUAGAACUGGACUACAUUGUGUGAUGUCUGAGCUAUUUAUUGAUUUUCUGUCUCACAUUGCCUUCCCCCAAGGUGUCUGGUAUCUCAAAUGUCUCCCAUGUGCCAACCUCUCUUCCUAUUAUCUGCUCUUGAGGAUUUGGGUAUCUGACAUUUAAGCUUUCAGGAUAUGAAGAUUUAUUGUUUGUCCAGUACAAUUCAGCUGCUGAGUCAAUGAUUUAGAAAACAUUGAGCAUAAAUAUUUAAGAGGGAAGAGGUGCACACUGAGAAGCACAUUGAACAACUCAGUUUUGAUGCAAGUGAUGGAUGACAACAGAUAUUGAAUUUUUUAAAAUCAGAAAAUAAAUAACCAAUUGGUACAAGAAAGAAGGAUUAAAGUGGGAGGAAUUCCUCUUCUGUUUCACCACAUAUUUUUAUUUUCUUACAGGAUUCCUGUUUAUAGAUAGCCUUCCGUUAAAUGGAAGAACAAACUAGACUUCUCCAUGUCUUUGAAUGUAGUGGUUGUCCAUGAUCAGCCAACAGGGCGAUCAUCACUUUCAGGGCCUGAAGCACUCUGUCAGUUGAUUACCAUUGACAGAAAAACACCACAAUCCUCCUAUAGCUGAUUGCUGCUCACAUAGUGCCUCAUCUGUCACAGAAAGUUGGGUGAGUGAACUGUGGAUUUCUCCACUCCCCUCUUGAUGAUAAAGAAAUCUAAGAGUACAGGCAAAUGACUGCUGUAUUGACCUAACAAUCCAGUCAGUACCUGCAGCAAUUAACCUAGUGCCUUACAUUUAGCCCAUUAACGGCAGUAUUUACCUAAGUGCCUAACAAUUUUGUCCAUUUUUGCUGCAUUGAACCUAAGUGCCUUACUAUCAAUUCAAUUCAAUGCCUUAUACCUUAACCUUGAAGGUCUUACAGGUAACCAAUGCCUUAUACUUUAACCUAAGAGCCUUUCAGUCAAUCCAAUGCCUCAUACCUUAACUUGGGUGUCUUGCAGUCUACUGAAUGUCUCAUAUCUAAACCUGAAGGCUUUAUGGUCAACCCAAUGCCUUAUAUGUUAACUUGAGGAUCUUAAAGUCAAUUGAAUGCCUCAUACAUUAACCUGAAGGCCUUACAGUUAAUCAAAUGCCUCAUACAUUACUUUGAGGGCCACAGUCAACCCAAUGCCUUAUACAUUAACCCAAGGGCUGUAAAGUAAAUAGAAUACCUUGAACAUUAACCUGCGUACCUUCACACAAAGCAUUCCAAUUACUUUAAGAGGCAUCUUUGGGUCAUUGUACACUUGUUCUGCAGCACUGAAGGACACAGGUGGCAGUGUACCAUUCCCAGUGAACCCAAUACCUAUUGCAUUAAACUGAUUGCCAACUGGAUCAGCAAUGAAUCCUUUGCAUGUCAAUCCAGUACUUGCAGCUAUUCAUCACAAUUGGCAAAUCGGUGUGCUAGGGUCUAAAAGUUCAAUGGUACAUGAUAAAUGUACACCUUUCCAUCACUUCUGUAAGCACUGAAUAUUGACUAUGGCUUACACACCAAAGGGAAAUGAGGUGGAGCUUGGCACAUUUCUUAAUGGCAGGCAAGCAUCAAAAUGUUUACAGGCUUCAUAAGAGUAGCUUCCAAUCUAUACUUUAUAUGGAAGUCUAGUUAAUAUGUGCUGCAAAAACAUGAAAAUACAACUAUAAUAGAAAACAAUUUGUUUCCUUGGACUUUGCCCAUUACAUACUACGUGUGCAGUAACAUACAAAGCAAGCCUGCCACAGCAGUGGUGCUGCAGGAAGUCUCACAGGAAGUCCUGACUCCAACUCCCUCUCUUUGAUAAAGUAUACAAGGAAAUAAGCCUCUGAGCAGUUUACAACUUACAGGUGCUUGCCCCGUUAUUCUUUGUUUUACAAAAAUAUGUACAUUUUAAUGUUAUAUAUUUUGUGAAGUGCUAUGUCUUGUACAAAACAAUAAAUGGAAGUAUUUGCACCAAAAAAA